UCCCGCAAAAUUCAAAAUAUUUCCACAGGAGACUGCUUGCAUUGCAGCGAAGUGAUUGCUAUAUUGCUCAUAUGUAACUGUGCUGUUUCAAGUCGCGCGUUUUCUCUUUAUACUUUGCUGAGAAUUCUCAAGAACUGAUCGAUAUAUCACCUACAGAAUCCGCUUAUACAUGUUCUAUCUUGAACAUCCUGGUAAUUAAUGCACCUGUACAUAAGCAGAGACCGCCGUGUGCACGCCUGGAACGCGGUUGACGUACUGGUCGACGGUCGGUUGCGGCAUGGCAGCGUCGUUAAUACGGCGGAAAACGGCUUGUUGGUGAAUUUGUUCUGUCCCUCACAAACAGAACUCUUCGUAGAGUUUGGAAAGAUUUUUGACUGCUCAGACAAACUACUACAAAAAUCCCAAUAUCGCCUUUCAUGCAAGCCAUAUACUGGUUACAAAGCGGCAACGGAAUGGAAAUACCCGCUCCAAUUAAACGGGAGGGGAAGUGCCCACGUGGAAGUACUGAUGCGAGACGGUUCCAAGGGACCAUGGACGUGGUACCCUGCCAUUGUGUUAGUCACUGGCUUUUCGACCAAUCAGUGUGAUUAUGCAUUCGUGGAAGUACAACUGGAAGGAUAUACGUUGCAGGAACUGGUGCCACCUGCCCAAAUCCGAAGUACAUUGACACACGAACAACUUCAAGACAGGCUCAUCCAACCAAAUGAUUUUGUCAUCAGUACCUGGUGUCUUCCUGAAGAUACACCCAUACUGUGUGCUGCUUUUCAACGCGAACUAGAAAUGCACCACAAGAUAAUGCCAAUCAGCGUGGUACUAAAGGAAAACGAGUUGAUCUUCCUGAAACGGCAUAAUACAGAGGAGCCGUUUCGGCCAAUGGAGGAAGCGUUUCAUUCGGCCAAAUCUAAACUUGCAUCCAAUCAAGUCAGAAUCAGCAAGCUUUCGCAUGCAGAACAAAUGUAUCGCCGUAUCUUGGCGAAACGGCCUACCUCAAAAUGCCUGCGAACCGCGCUGCCGAUCGCGGUUUUGAGAGACGUUUUUCAGUAUUUGGAUACCAUCGAUCGACAGCGCUGCCGACGGACUUGCCACUUAUGGAAUUCCCUUGUAAAAUCGGCUGAAUUAUGCCUGGAAGUGCCCAUAUCUCUGACUAAACCAUGUUUCGCCCGGUACCGACUGCAUCCACGUCAAUGGACGCACAUGUACGCUAUGUUAGCAUGCUUCUUAAAGUUCGUAGGACCGACGACGAAAAGGAUAUGCAUUGGCGAUAUUCCGUAUUCCCGUCGAGAUCUUGCAAGUGCUAGUAUCAACUUUCUGGUUUAUCACGAGAUAGUCAAGGAUAUUCAGCAGGUCGUUUUCUAUAACUGCCACAUUCCUGUCGAUGAUUUCCACGUAUACUGUGCUUUCCAACCACUGUGUCAGCAAGUUAUAUGGAGAAACUGUACAGUGUGUCUUCCGUGCCGCAGGAUUGGUCCAUUGAAGUCGUUUGUUGCCCAUGUGGUAAUAGAUCUGGAAUCGAUUAGCCGGUCGCUACUAUGGGAUAUAUUUGAGGACCAUCUGGAUCGCACACAAUUUCUGCCGCUUGAACGCAUCGCCCAGUGGCUGACCGAUAUGUCGGCUAGUCGGCGCGGUAAAUAUGCCGGUCAUAACAAGAAUUCUAUCAUACAAGCACGGGAAGACAUUAAAACGGUUAUGAGAGACAUCCUAAACGGCGACCCGCGUUCAGCGUUGCUCUACCAACAGUUACAACGAAGCAAUUACAAACUGGGCAACACUGAACUGGGACAACUAAGCCGAAUUUGCCUCUACGCUCUCAGUCUGCUGUGGCGGUCGAACAACGAGGGAAAACUCGUCUGGAAAAAUCUGUGCUAGGCUAUACUUCCGUCAUAACUUGGGAAGAGUAAAAUCAAUUCCUUAAUGGAUUGCAGUUAAAGGGGCAUAUGGCCAUAUUCGUAAAAAUCCGCGUAGAAACAUAACGAACAUAAUUAACGUUUCUUAAAAAGAGCGUUUAGCGACUGACGCUGAGCUGGAAAAUAUAUCUUUCGUAUUCAUUUGACCCAAGAAUUAGUAGAACUAUCAGAGUGACAUUACUAAUCAUUUGGCAUUACUCAUAUUAAUUUUAUGCAGACAGUAUCCUAACACUGAAUAUCAAAACAGCCUGUAUUGUACGAGAAUUUUGGGCCGGCAUUAAUAUUGUGAAUGGAUACGUUUUUCGCACAGUCCACAUUAAGCACAGAUCGAAACAUCCCAACAGCGAAAACACGGUCUGAUAUAAAAUUGCCAACGACAUACACUUCUCCUUCCCGUUUUUCCGCGAUCAAGUGUGGUUUCGCCUGCAGGAAAUUACGAAACCAUGCCAAGGAACAGUUGCAAUGAAGUCGUGCAAUUCGAUUGACAUCGCUGUCCGCAAUUAAGUUGCCGCGGAUCGAUUUAGAAUUAUUGUCGGCUCUCUGCUUCAGCAAAUAGCGAAGUUCUUCUUCCAGUCGCAAGCUCUGGAGAUUCUUCAGAUUCGUGAAGGUGUACGGUUCCAUUUCUGCAAUCGUCGCAGCAAUGAACUGAACCAUACGCAGCUGUUGCAUAUUUUCCAGAUCCUUUUUCUUAAUUAUCAGUCCCCAACAGCUCUUCAUUACUAAUCGCACCAAAUAAGGAAAACUCCCUACUGCAUUAAUUUUGGACGUAACAGUAUGGGUAACACAAUGAUGGAUCGUCAAAGCAAUUAACUGCUGGCGGACUGGCUCGAUGACGUCAGAGUGAACCGGAUCCGUUGUAUCGUUCUUUUCGUCCAGCUCUAUGAUCACCGCUCGAUUGGGGCUAACUGUCUUAAGAUGGUUGGUCAUUGCGGCCAGAAACGUGCGAUUAUGCCACGAACAGGAUAGCUCAAUGAAGGUUCUGGACAUUGGUUGCAGCAGGGAAUCGUCAUCGUCGGUUCGAUUACAUCCCCGGGCGGAGAAAGCAGGAUUGCACAGGUAGCUAGUGGGUAUUGCACCGUACGCCUGGCAUUCGUCCAACGUCAAGGUGUCCGUGCGGAAAGGGAAAACAGGUGCAUGCGAUGCUGUGGUUGCGGAAGAGUGGGAAAUAUCCGCGGACUGUUGAGCACUGCAGUCGCUUUCCUGUUUAGCGCUUGCUGCAGGGUCACUAGCCUGGACCUUUAAAAACGUUUCUGCCGCGUAUUCAUUAGUACUGGAGCGAAAGCUGUCGCACAUUCUUAAUUCCGCCCAGGGAUGCAACGGGAACUUCUUCAUCUGCUGCCGCACACCGAGAACGGGAUCCAUGUGCACGAACAGCGGAGUCGACUCGUUUAGGUAAAUCCAUCGCAGCCCUGGAAACCGGACAAACACCUCUGCCUCCAGACAGCGGUACGGCAAAUUGCCGAUGCUGAGGUGUGUUACGUUACGACCCCUGCCGAUGCCGAAGACAGCCGACGGUCCGGAAUUAUGGGAGAAGCUGUUAUCGUGCAGAAACAAUCCGCACUAUCCAAGCCCCUGAAAUCGUCCACGGAGAUGGAGAAUAUUCCGUUUUUGGCUAGGUUCAGGCGCCGCAGUCGCUUCAGCGGGGAAAAGGCGGCGCCCCCGGUGGACUGCAUGCGGUUGGCUUCCAAAUCAAGAUACUCCAAAUUAAUGAAGGGUUUAAAGUGGGUGCCGUUACCGUGAAGAUAGGCGAUGUGAUUGUACGCCAUAUGGAGAACCAGGAGGGCGGCCGCACUUUCGGGUGGCAUUUUCUAUAAGUAAAAAGUUUGUUACGACGCAAUCAUAAAACAUAUUAUUCUCGUUUUGUUUGACCACCAGAGCAUUAAACCAGCUGACUAAAUCUUCACUGGCAAAGCAGACGCACACUUUGGUGAGUCUGGUGGUCACAAGAAAUGGAGCUCUUUUUCGUUUUCAUUCAAAAAUCGGCUUAAGCGCCAUUUGCAUUAUUGGCAGUAACCCUUAAAUUCGUCCAAUUUUUAUGUGCACAAUCGCUUAACGGCGCCUUAUUCAACUAUAGUUGCGGAAAGAUAUACUGCCCUAAAUUACUAAUACAGUUGCUGCAACUUGCAGGAAUGUCUAGAGUGCC